AUGAUAAAACUACCUGUGGCGCUCCUUCUCAUUAUAGCCCUCUUGACUAGUACAAAUGUCACCAUAUGCGAAACGAAUAAAGUACACAAUGUAACUCAGGAGGGUAACACAGGAACAAGUGGAGGCAGGAAUAACUCCUCCCCUCCUUCGGAAGGCAAGCCCCCAAGUGAUGGAUCCAAUAAUGAUGAGACAGCUUUUCCAACCAAAACUAUAUCGUUUAGUAUUCCCCCCAAUUUAGAAGGCGAGGGGUCUAAGAAUGAAAGUGCGGGCAGUAAAGACCAAGUGGGAGCGACAACAGCUGGCUCUCCCCCAUCGAGCAAUAACACUACUGGAGGGAGCAGCACCUCCAGUGGAAAGAAAGAGGAGCACACAGUUAUUCCUUUAGGUGGGGAUUCACAGACGAAACCAUCCGCCCCUGGAGUAACACCGAAAGGUCACCAAAGAGCAGUAGACAUGUUUAGAGGAAAUACAACCAAAUGGAUUGGCCCCCUUAAAGGCCCACAGCAAGUAGAAUCAGCCUUAUUAAAAAACCACAAGGGGGUGAAAGUUACAGGUUUGUGUGGGUCCUACUUUCGAGUGUACCUAGUACCACAUAUCCUAAUCUAUGCCUUAACAAAGAACUCCACUAUCCAGAUAGAGUCCCUCUUCGAUGAUAACACGAGGGUGGAUUUUGAAUACGCCGAUGACGUCGUGAAUAAGUGCGAGGAAGGGAAGAACUUCAAGCUGAUUCUUUACCUGAAGGAUAAUGUCUUGACCAUCAAGUGGAAGGUGCUUCCAUCUUCAGCGACGAAUGCCUCGGCGGCCAGCACCAAGGCGGACGUGCGAAAGUUCAAAAUCCCGCAGCUGGAGCGCCCGUUCACCUCGAUACAGGUGUAUACGGCGGACGUGAAGGCGGGGUUUAUCGAGAGUAAAAACUACGCUCUGGAGGCGGACAUUCCGGACAAGUGCAACUCCAUCGCAACGGAGUGCUUCCUAAACGGAAACGUGAACAUCGACCAGUGCUACCAGUGCACGCUUCUGAUUCAGGGCGUCGACUCGCCCUCCAAGGAGUGCUUCAAUUACAUAUCGAAGGACUUGCAAGAGAAGCACGAAAAUGCAAAAGUGAAGGGGCAAGAAGAUAUGAAUCCGAAGGAAUAUGAGAUCACCGAAUCCAUCGAUAUCAUCCUAAAAAACAUCUACAAAGUGGACACGGUGAAUAAGAAGAAGGUGCUCAUCACUAUGGAUGACUUUGAUGACGUGUUGAAGGCAGAACUGCUAAACUACUGCAAACUUCUAAAAGAAAUGGACGAUAAGGGCACUCUAGAAAAUUACGAUCUGGGAAACGAGGUCGACAUAUUUAACAAUAUGAUUAGACUUCUCAGUAUGCACCCCAAAGAGAACAUUAUCACGCUGCAGGAUAAGCUACGCAACACGGCAAUAUGUUUGAAGAAUGUAGAUGAAUGGGUUAAAAACAAACGAGGAUUAUUGCUUCCGGAGGGGAAGGAAAUGUCUUCGCUUGAGGGGAGCCCUACCGAAGUGGACGAAGACGAGGAACAAGAACUUCUAGGGCAAAAUAAACUGCUCGAUCAGGAAAUGUACAGGAAGGAUGAAGACGGCACCGUCGAUUUGGUCAAAGCGGGAAAGGAGUUAAAAUUAAGGUCUCCUUACUUUAAAAAUAGCAAGUACUGCAAUUACGAGUAUUGUGACAGAUGGAAGGAUAAAACGAGUUGCAUUUCGAGCAUCGAAGUGGAAGAUCAAGGAAACUGUGGUCUCUGCUGGGUGUUCGCAUCUAAGUUGCACUUAGAGACAAUCAGGUGCAUGAGAGGGUACGGUCACUUCCGUAUCUCCGCUUUGUACGUGGCAAACUGCUCCAAAAGGAACCGAAAACAGAUCUGUGACGUGGGAUCCAAUCCUAUAGAGUUCCUCCAGAUUGUACAGGACACAGGAUUCUUGCCCCUUGAAUCCGAUCACCCUUAUCUCCACAAAAACGCCGAAAAUGAGUGUCCCCAGCCAAAGGAAAAUUGGAUCAACCUAUGGGGCAAUAGCAAGUUACUGUUUCAUAAGAUUUAUGGACAUUUAAUGAGCUACAAAGGAUUCAUCUCUUAUCGGAGCCCGCACUUUAGGGACAACAUGCACGUAUUCAUAGACUUGAUAAAACGGGAGGUGCAAAAUAAAGGCUCCGUCAUUAUUUACAUCAAAACGAAGGACGUAAUUGGAUACGAUUUUAACGGCAGAGGGGUACACAACAUCUGUGGUGAUAAAAUUCCUGACCAUGCAGCUAACAUCGUGGGGUAUGGUAACUACAUCAAUACCGAUGGGGUGAAGAGGUCCUACUGGAUUAUUAGAAACAGCUGGGGGUACUACUGGGGCAAUGAAGGAACCUUCAAAGUGGACAUGCUUGGACCAGAGGGAUGCAGAUAUAAUUUUAUUCACACCGCUAUCGUUUUUAAGUUGAACUUGGGUCCUAUUGAUAUCCCAAAUAAGGACGUCGACCUGAACCAUACCUACUUCCCCAAACAUAGCUCGGACUUCUUUCACAGUCUCUACUUUAACAACUACGAUGAUGAGGCGGAUGACGAGGAGAAGAACGUCUUCCAGAAGGACCGAAGCAACGACCACGGUGGUAGUGGUAAUCAUAGUGGUAGUGAAAAGGCUAAUGGCAAGCGUAGUGGCGGUAAGGGUACUGAUAGUAGCAGUGGUAAUGGCUCCAGGUGGAGGAAGGGCCAAAAUAAGAAGAAAAUUUCAGGCCAAGAUGCAGGCGCCGCCACCGAGGGUAUCUCUUCGGGGGAAGCUUCUGGCGUGCAUUCCAGUGUACCUCCCCAAAGUGCCAAGCCCAGCUCAUCCGCAGAGAAAAAAAUUCAAAUACUACACGUGCUGAAGCAUAUUGAUAAGUCCAAAGUUGUGCGAGGAUUGGUAAAGUAUGAUAAUAUAAGCGACACGCAAAAUGACCACAGCUGCGCAAGGGCUCAUUCGAAGAACCCAGACAAGAUGGACGAAUGCAAAGUCUUCUGUGAGGAAAACUGGAACAGCUGCAAGAACCACUACUCUCCUGGGUAUUGCCUAACCAAGUUGUACAGCGGCGGCAACUGCUACUUCUGCUACGUGUGA